AUAUUUUCAUCGUAAAAACGAAGACGAGAAAAUAAUUUUUCUUGACAUAAAAAUAAAAUUUUUAUUUAUUCAGGGUACAUGGGCGCGUAGGUGUGUCACCGUGUGUGUAAGUCUGCUCUGGUGGCGGUGGAAAGAAGACGAUGCCAGGUCCGACGGUAGAGAUGGAGCCAGUGGAGCCACAGUCUCUGAAGAAGCUCAGUUUCAAAUCCCUAAAGCGAGCUCUCGAUCUCUUCUCUCCAAUCCAUGGUCACUUUGCUCCUCCCGAUCCCGAAAGUAAGAAGAUACGGCUGAGCCAUAAGAUUCAGCUAGAAUAUGGAGGCAUCAAAAGUGCUACGAACCCUAAUCAAGCCAAUUCUACCCAACCAGAUGGCAAUAGUCAAGCCUCAGCUCCUUCUAAUGCCCUUGCUCUUCCCGGUACUGAAAAUUCUAAGGAUCCACAGACAGGGGGAACUCAAAAUGCUUUAGUUGUCGGUCCAUCAGUGCAACAAAAGGGAUUAAAUGAUGUCGGUCAUCUGGGUAAAAGCACUGCAGUUGUUUCCUCUUCUGGGCCAUCUGAAAGGAACCUAUCAACUUCAGCUAUCAUGGAAAGAAUCCCAAGCAAAUGGCCACGUCCUGUAUGGCGUCCUCCAUGGAGAAAUUACAGGGUCAUUAGUGGCCAUUUAGGAUGGGUGAGAUCUAUUGCAUUCGAUCCAAGUAAUUCAUGGUUUUGUACUGGCUCUGCAGAUCGCACAAUUAAGAUAUGGGAUGUAGGAAGCGGAAGGCUAAAGCUCACGUUAACAGGACACAUUGAACAAAUACGAGGCCUUGCUGUUAGCAACAAACAUACAUAUAUGUUCUCAGCUGGUGAUGACAAACAAGUUAAAUGCUGGGACCUUGAACAGAAUAAGGUUAUUCGGUCUUAUCAUGGUCAUCUGAGUGGGGUUUAUUGUUUGGCACUUCAUCCCACAAUUGACAUUUUGCUUACUGGGGGACGUGAUUCUGUCUGCCGGGUCUGGGAUAUCCGCAGCAAGAUGCAAAUUCAUGCACUGUCUGGACAUGAUAAUACAGUUUGCUCAGUUUUUACCCGACCUACGGAUCCACAAGUUGUAACUGGCUCCCACGACACAACCAUUAAGUUCUGGGACCUUAGAUAUGGAAAGACGAUGGCAACUCUCACACACCAUAAGAAAUCUGUGAGGGCAAUGGCACUGCAUCCUAAAGAGCAUACUUUUGCAUCUGCAUCAGCUGACAACAUAAAGAAAUUUAAUCUUCCGAAAGGGGAAUUUUUGCACAACAUGCUGUCCCAGCAGAAAACCAUCAUAAAUGCUAUGGCUGUCAAUGAAGAAGGUGUGAUGGCUACAGCAGGCGACAAUGGGAGUAUGUGGUUCUGGGAUUGGAAGAGUGGUCACAAUUUUCAGCAAGCCCAAACAAUUGUACAGCCUGGCUCACUGGAUAGUGAAGCUGGCAUCUAUGCUCUAUCCUAUGACUUAACUGGUUCGAGGUUGGUCACUUGUGAAGCAGACAAGACUAUUAAAAUGUGGAAAGAAGAUGAAAAUGCCACCCCAGAAACUCAUCCUCUAAAUUUCAAGCCACCUAAAGAUAUUAGGCGGUUCUAGUGGUCAUGCUUAUGUCCUUUUGGUUGGUGCCGUCUUUAGAAAAUUCUAAGUAAUUUCUUUCCAGUGUUUUCUUUAAUUGGCUUGGCUGACAAAUAUGCCAGCAAUUUAGUGGCUUAUGUGUACCUGAGGAGAGUCUUACCCAGUUUUAAAGUUGGGUUGUCAAAGUUCUGUUGUAAUUUGGAAACUUGAUUUCAAACCAGCUGUAGUCACUAGCUCAGAACAGAGAAGAAAGGAGAUGAUGGAGGACUAACGGAUUUGCUUUUCUUUUUCCUUGAGAAA